UACAUAUUUCGUGCCUUAGUAGAUUUAUUUACGAAGGAAAACGAGUAAAGAGAGAUAUAUUAAUGCUGGUAAAGCAUGGUAAAGCAGAAGAAGAAGAAGAGUAGAAACACAUGGUAAAUUGUGAAUUAGUUCGACAUUUAACUAAACGGUGAUUUACGAUGGGCGAAAACUUGGAGAAUAUUAAUCCGAAGCUCUACAAAAAAUUGGAUAACAGAGAAAUCACAGCCGAAGAGCAAGAUGAAGGCAUCGCCGAUGAAUUUGAUGCGAGAGAAAUUUUCGAUAUAAUUAGGAACAUCAACGAUCCGGAGCAUCCCUUGACUCUGGAAGAAUUAAAUGUGGUAGAACACAGUCUCAUCGAGGUUGAUGACAAAAGAAAUCGAGUGGACGUAAAGUUCACACCCACGAUUCCUCACUGUAGUAUGGCCACUUUGAUUGGACUGUCCAUCCGCGUACAAUUAUUGCGUGCUUUGCCAGCCAGGUUUAAGGUCAGUGUGGAAAUUUCUCCUGGUACCCACGUGUCGGAGGCGGCGGUGAACAAGCAGCUGGCAGAUAAGGAGAGAGUUGCCGCGGCUUUAGAAAAUUCUAUGUUGCUUGGAGUGAUCAACCAAUGUCUAAUGCCAAAAGAUUAAUGUGUACGAAUAUUUUUGUAUUUAAGAAACGAUAGAAAAUAUAUCAUCUGUACAUAUGUGUUACAAAAUAA